CAUAUUCAUUCAAUGCUACCAUGGGAAAGUCCUUCAAGACAAGGAAAGAUUUGAGUCUUUUCUAGCUCCAAUUUGUUUUCCAUCACCCUCCUUUUUUUUUGACUCCUUGCUGCAGCUUCCUGAACCUUCCCAUAAGCUUUCUCAAUCUCUUAAUGAGAUUUUAACGCUAUAUUGUUGAUCAGGAGCAAACUUUGGCCAAUUUCCAGUCUUUGUCACAAUGGCAGGAAUCGCACAAGAAGAUGGAACACAAUCUAUAGGUUCAUCACCACUCCAUUUCUUGUCUAUGAUGUCUCUUUCACCUAACAUGGGUUCACCUUAUGCCCUGUUAAAAGAAAUGAAAUCUGAUGAAAGGGGCAUGUGGCUGUUCAAUUUCCUCAUAGCCUGCGCCAGAUGUGUUGCAGCCGGAAGCCUUGAGAAUGCCAGUAACGGACUUGAGCAGAUUUCGCUUCUUGCAUCGCCGGACGGCGACAUAGUUCAGAGAAUUGUGGCAUAUUUCACUGAGGCUCUGGCUGACAGGGUUCUAAAGGGCUGGAAGCCUGGAUUGCAUAAAGCACUCAAUUCUACCAAGAUAACUUCUGCUGCUGAGGUACUUCUUGCAGAAAAACUCUUCUUUGAGUACUGUCCUUUUUUGAGGUUAGCUUAUGUGGUCACAAAUCAAGCCAUUCUUGAAGCCAUGGAACGGGAAAAGGUUGUUCACAUUAUUGAUCUUCAUUGUUUUGAACCUGCGCAAUGGAUUAAUCUCCUUCAAGAACUGAAAGUUAGAAGGGAAGGGCCUCCCCAUUUAAGAAUUACUGGAAUUCAUGAUCAAAAAGAGGUCUUAGAUCAGAUGGCUUUUAGAUUGAAUGAAGCUGCUGAGAAAUUGGAUAUCCCUUUUCAGUUUAAUCCCAUUGUUAGCAAGUUACAGAAUCUUGACAUUGGUAGUUUAAGAGUUAAGUCAGGAGAAGCUGUUGCAAUUAGCUCUGUGCUUCAACUGCAUUCACUGCUGGCUUAUGAUGAUGAUAUAAUCCGGAAGAACUCGCCAUCUGUUGGGACUAAUUCGAGCUCUUCUCAUUUAUCCAAGAUGUUUCACAUGAAUCCGCAAACUUUAGGUGAUUUUCUAGAGCGCGAUGUCACGAAUCUUUUUGGGGGCAGUCCUGAUUCGCAGUCGUCCUCCCCUGUAUCUGUGGCUUCAUCUCAAAAAACUUUGAGCUUUCUCAAUGGCUUGUGGUCUCUUUCUCCGAAACUAAUGGUGGUGACUGAGCAUGAAUCGGAUCACAAUGGAUGUAGUCUGAUGGAUAGGGUCAAUGAAGCACUAAAAUUCUACGCGGCCCUCUUUGAUUGCUUGGAAAACACGCUCCCUAGGGCGCCAUUCGAGCGCCAAAAGAUCGAGAAGCUGUUGUUCGGGGAAGAGAUCAAGAACAUUAUAGCAUGUGAAGGGCUGGAAAGAAAAGCGAGACACGAGAAGCUCGAGAAAUGGAUUCCAAGGCUUGAGUUCACAGGUUUUGGUAGGGUUCAUUUAAGCUUCAAUGGAAUGAGACAGGCAAUGCGAGUUCUCCAUAGUUGUAACUAUGAUGGCUUCGAGAUAAAAGAAGAUAAUGGCUGUUUCAUGAUUUGUUGGCAUGAUUACCCUCUUUUCUCUGUUUCAGCAUGGAGAUUUAAGAGGUACUAGUGAUGUUGAGAAUAAUGCAAUGUUGCCAUCUUUCACUGUAUUCUGCGACAAGAAAAUAGAAAGUUGCAAUGAACUCAUCAGCUGUUUCAUACUUUUAUUAGUUACAAUAGCCUUUUACUGCGAAAGGAAACUUGUAGGAUCAAACCAAAUGAACCAAAAUUUGGAACUAACAGCUUGUUUAAUUCAGUGAUGAUUUACUGCACGAUCUCUUGCUUGAGUACAGAGCAACCAUGGUUAUUUAUACUAUG